ACCAGAGCAGCCAGCAGCUGACAGCUGAGACGGGACAGCAGCCAGAACAACCACAGCAUCCAUCCAUCCCCCCCUCCUCCUCUCCUCCCAGAUCGAACUGUCUAGUAAAAAGAAACACAGAUUGGAGGGAGAUAGAUACCAGAAACCAGAUAGAUGGACUAGGCAGGCGAGAGAGAAAGAAAACAACAGCGACGACGCCAAGAUGUGGUGAAAGAGAGAGGCGCAGGGGGGAAAAGAAAGAAAAACAUCACAAGAAAAGCAUGCAAAAAGGAGGAGGAAGAGGAGGAGACCAGUAGCUAGCUUCCUUCGUCCUACUCCGCCCGUCCGCCUCCAAUUAUUUCCUCCCUCCUGUGGGAGAGGAGAUCAUGGCCGCGGUCAUGGAUUUGGAUCUCAACUGCUCGCCGCCGUCGCCGGAGCCUGCCCCGCAGGACCACCACCUCAAGCACGCAAUGCUUCGCCAAGAAAACACCUUCCGCCAUCAGGUGAAGGACCUGCAUAGGCUGUAUUGGGCUCAGAAGAAUCUCACGGAUGUGCCCUUCUGGAUGCAAUCCGAUGAUGUGCUGUAUGCUCGGCAUUCCAUGGAUGGCUCUCACGUGAUGGAUCUGGAUGACAGGGAUAAUCAUCCAGGUGUUUUUGGUGGUUCCUAUGAGCUAGGCAAGCAGGCAGUUGGAUGUGGUGAUGAGGUUGCCGAGAAUUUGGGUGUAAGGGGUUCUGUUAGGAGAAAACUCGAUCAUGGUGGCGUACAGGGGAGGUCUGCUUACCGCCCUGUGAUCGAUUUGGAGAAGCCGGCGACAUUGGAUGACGACGAUGAUGAUGUGGAGAUUGUUUCUUCCGCUUGGUUCAGUGACUAUGCAAACCGCAAAGGUUCAACUGGAUCUAGUGAGACUCCAGACAGCCAUUCACCUGUCAAAGGAAAGACUACUGCAUCUGGAAGCAUGCUUAUCGAUCUGAAUAUUGCUCAAGAAGAUGAUUUUAAUGUUUGCCCUGAUCCUUCCAAAAUGUUCUGUUCUCUUUUGGCUAGUUCAAGAACAAUACAAUCUGGAGAAUGUUGCAGUAAUUCCAGCAAAGCAUUCCACAAGGGAGGUGAAUCGAGCAUUGGAUCAUCCAAAGGCUCCACGGUCACAGUUGUGACGUCCAUCUCUGCUCCAGCCAGCGCGAGGGAAGUGAUGGCUUCAGGUCUGUGUGACCCUCAGAGCAGUUCCAAGCCUUCCUUUGUGGCAGCUUCAAAACAUGAUGUAUGUCUUGGAGGAAAUAUCCAACAUCAACAUAAACUACAUAAUGUUUCUGGAAUGAGUUCUCAGGGAUCUAUGCAAAUUCGGUGUGAAGUGUCCUCAGUUAGGUCAAGCGGUGGAAAUUCUUCUUCUUCAGGUGUACAUAAAUUGGUAGACAGGGAGCAACAAGGUGAGACUUUUGCAGUAAUCUCUGAUGAUGAAAUGGAGGGUAUUGACUUAAAUGUGUCACUUGGAAGCAUUGAGUUGCCAUCAACGAUGGUCAGCAGUUUCAGAGAGAAACAUUUAAAUGCUGACUGCAGUGAAAAACUUUCGUCCAGCCAUUACUUUACUGAGAAUGAGGGCGGGCAAAAUAUUUCUUCCAUUGAUUGUCCAACUAUAAGAGAUCAUCACAUGGCUGCAAGUAUAGAUGCUAAGAGUGCGCGGUUGCAAGAUUCUGGAAUUGCAACUAACAGGUCGAUUUUGAUUCCAGAAACCCCCCAAGGUCAUGACUACGCUUGUCCAAGAUUGAGAUCAUCAAAUAACGGAGCAUCGAAUCUUCUGGAUACUACCAGCAGGCAUCAAGCUGACACAGAAGAGGAUGAAAGAAUAGCAGCCAAGGCAGCUGAGACACUUGUUUCCUUAUUCACGAACAACGCAUGGAUUGCGGACAGCUAUUGUAGCAACAAUCAGACAGCUCAGGAUAGAAGCGAUGAACCUCAGGUUUCGCUGGAUUCUUUUGAGGAAGGUGUAAUGAACCUAGAGGAGAUGAGAGAUGAUGGGGAAUCAGUCCCUGUGACAGCGCCAGAUAAGGAUGGGCCUUCCUGUGGUAUUAAGCUGAAGAGAGGGAGGGGGAUGAGAGAUUUCCAAAGGGAAAUACUACCUGGACUCGUCUCUCUGGCGAGGCACGAGAUAUGCGACGAUUUGCAUGCUAUAGGGUAUGAGCUCAGAAAAACUCGGUCAAGGAGAAAUCCUGGGGACAAGUGUACUCCCUCGACCAGAUCAAGACUGCCUAGGCGUUGUUCUACCGCAUGGAACCAAUGAGCCUUUUUCAUGUCGCACCAUGAAAACACCAGUACUUGCAUUGUGUCUCACACAAGGGAUGCCAAGGGGGAGUUGGUAAUUCGAAGGGCCAAUUCUGAGCAGCUAUGUGAAUAUUGCUGUGUGUUAAGCUUAGCUGAAAAGCCCGGUUUGUUGCUAGGCAUUACGGUCAGAAGUGCUGAGAAGUGAUAGAUUGUGCCUUUAGUGGCUGUAGAUUUAUAUUUAGCAAGUGAUGGUAAAGCUAAACUUUUUUGUUUGUAAGCUGGAAUCCUUUGGAUGAAUGGCUCCACGGAACAGGGCUGCAUGUUGUACCUCGUUUACUGUAUCUCUUGGCUAAUUGCCAUGCGAGUUUACAUAAAAAUCCUGGUGGAAUGAUGGUACAGAUA